AUCUGCUUAAUGAGGUAACUUAAGCAUAGUGUUAACCGAUCCUGCUGCAGCUUUCAGACCGUGGUCGGGAAGCACAGGGAAACAUUGUUUUCCUCCAGAGCUGAAGUUGAUGCCAACCUCGGGGCUGACCACCUUCACUUUGACCCAGCAGCUGGGAAGCAAGACACGGAAACGUCUUGGGCAUUGAGGAGCUGCAGCGUUUAUUCAUGGGCAAACUGUAACCUACACUGUACAUUUACUGCCUGUAGACAGCUUCACAGCUAACCUGUCUGCUCACAGUUUGAGGACCUGCCCACUGAUACCAUCUGGUCCUGCUGCCUUCCUGAUGUUCACAUGCUUGAAAGCCCUGUGUAGGUUGGAGUGGGUGGAGAUCAUAGAGCCGCGCACACGGGAGCGUAUGUACGCCAACCUACUGACAGGCGAGUGCGUGUGGGACCCUCCGCAGGGUGUGUGCAUCAAGCGAACCGGUGACAACCAGUGGUGGGAGCUGUUUGAUCCCAACACUUCACGCUUCUACUACUACAAUGCCUCCACCCAGCGCACAGUGUGGCACCGGCCCCAGGGCUGCGACAUCAUCCCCCUGGCCAAGCUGCAGACUCUGAAACAGCACACCGAUGCCACCAACCCCCGUCCUGCAGGUGGAGGAGGAGGGAGAACAUCAGCUGACAACAGCCCGGGACGUAACAGUGGGGUCAGCCGAGAGGGAAGCACCUCCUCCUCCCUCGAUCAGGAGCUUUCUGAAAAACAGGGCAACAGAGAGGAGGCAGACAGGACUUCUCCCUUCAGGUGGAACACUGGUACGAAGGAGCGAAUGCUGAUCAAGGUGACAGACAGAGAGCCCAGCUUCUUGGCACAUCAGGGAAAUGGUUACUCCCCCUGCGACCCGCCCACCCCUGGUCCUCCUUCUGGAGGGGGCACCACCUCACGAAUCCGCCGUUCCUCUGGAGGAAACCCGCCUUCAGAACCCGACGGCUCCCCCGUUCUCUACGCCGACCGCCGUCAGUCUCCUUUCCUGAAGCGGGCUGAGCUGGGCGGCACCUGCACCCACCGCCGCUCCUCAGCUGACUCCCAGCCUCCCUCGCCCCGCUACGCCUAUGAACCCCCGCUGUACGAGGAGCCGCCAUCAGAGUACCAGCCCCCUCCCAUCUACGAGGAGCCUCCCACUGACAUGCACCUGUCUGACUCCUCCUCUUUCUAUGGCACCGGCAAGUCACCCGCUCGCAAGUCUUCAGCCCCCAUCUAUCACUCUCCCAAACAGGGCCAGUCACCCUACGGCCAGCUGGUUCUGACCAGGCAGAAGUGUCCAGAAAAGACCCAGAGUCUGGAGUACAGUCCUGUGGGGAAGGAGUAUGUCAAACAGCUGGUGUACGUGGAGCAGUCGUCUUCCAGCCCUCGCUUCAAGACCACCGACCGUCUGCUGCGUUACGGUACUACGGGGGGCUACGGUGGCUCAUAUGGGGGGUCUUAUACUCUGCAACACAGCCAGUCUCUGAUCAGGGACCCCCGCCUACUGCUGGACUACAGUGGGGAGGGUGGAGAGGGAGGCCAAAGGUUGCUUUAUGAAGACUCCAUAUCCUGGACGUCCAGCCAGAACCACUCCCUUUCCUCAUCCUCAACAGGCGGUCCUGGUCCUUUCUCACCUGGAGGAAACCGCAAACGCAAGAGCCGCAAACCAUCCCUCCCCCAGGAGCUGGCACGCUGUGGGGGGCUGGAGGGGGAGCUGACAGGCACAGCAACCGAGGCAAUGCUGGCCCAGUCCAGGCUGGCAUGGGAGGCCCAGCAGGUGAUGAAACAGAGGAGCAGUUGGGACUCGGGGCAGGGGGGAGGGGUGGCCCAGGGCGGCGGCUCCAAAGACGGCUAUGAGAGUGAUGGGGCUGUGCCUUUGCCGUUACCGGGACCGGUUGUGAGGGCGUUCAGUGAGGACGAGGCACUGGCGCAGAGCGACGGCCACCACUGGAAACGCAACACCUUCGAUCGGCUGGGCUUCCCCCAGGCCCUGCUGGAGAAAAGCCUCUCUGUCCAGACCAACCUGGCCUCCCCUGAGCCAUACCUCCACCCCUCACAGUCAGAGGACCUUGGAGCCUGUGCCCAGUUUGAGGCCAGUCGAAAUGCCAGGAAUAUGAUGCCAAGCGCCAGCUGUGGAAUUUUCCCAGAAUUCACCUUGAGAAAGCCCUCUUCAGAGACCGACAUCGAGAACUGGGCAUCCAAACACUUCAACAAACACACACAGGGUCUGUUUAGAAGAAAGGUGUCCAUUGCCAACAUGCUGGCCUGGAGCAGUGAGCCCAUCAAGAAGCCCAUGAUUGUAACCUCAGACCGCUCUGUGAAGAGGGAAGCAGUGGACAUCUUUAAGCUAAUCCAGACCUACAUGGGAGACCGUCGCUCCAAGGCCGACCCCCUCUCUGUGGCACUGGAGGUGGUGGUGCGUGGGUGGAGUAACCAGGGUUUGCGUGAUGAGCUCUACAUCCAGCUGUGUCGUCAAACCACAGAGAACUUCCGCUACGACAGCCUGGAGCGAGGCUGGGAGCUCAUGGCCAUCUGUCUUGCCUUCUUCCCCCCUACUCCCCGCUUUCACACCUACUUGGAAGGUUACAUCUACCGACACAUGGACCCCCUCAAUGACACCAAGGGAGUGGCCAUUAGCAGCUAUGCUAAAUACUGCUACAGGAAACUGACAAAAGCUGCUCUGACUGGAGCCAAGAAGGGUCUGCAGAAGCCCUGUCUAGAGGAGAUCAAGCACGCCAGGAACGCCAUCUUCAGUCCCUCCAUGUUUGGCUCUUCCCUGGAAGAGGUGAUGGUUCUCCAGAAGGAGCGGUAUCCAGACAGCCAGCUGCCCUGGGUGCAGACUCGCCUUUCUGAAGAGGUUCUGGGUCUCAACGGAGACCAGACAGAGGGCAUCUUCAGGGUACCAGGGGACAUAGAUGAAGUCAAUGCCCUCAAGCUGCAAGUGGAUCAAUGGAAAAUCCCUACAGGACUGGAAGACCCGCACAUCCCAGCGUCUCUGCUGAAGCUCUGGUACAGGGAGCUGGAGGAGCCACUGAUCCCUCAUGAGUUUUAUGAGGAGUGUAUCAGUCACUAUGACAACCCAGAGGCAGCUGUCAAUGUGGUGCUGGGCCUGCCACACAUCAACAAACUGGUGCUCUGCUACCUCAUUCGCUUCUUACAGGUAUUUGCCCAGCCUGCCAAUGUGGCCAUCACCAAGAUGGAUGUAAACAACCUGGCCAUGGUCAUGGCUCCCAACUGUCUGCGCUGCCAGUCCGACGACCCCAGGGUGAUCUUUGAGAACACCCGCAAGGAGAUGUCCUUCAUCCGGGUGCUCAUCCAGCGGCUGGACACCAGCUUCAUGGAUGGAAUCCUAUAGCCCCCCCACCGCACACACACACACACACACACACACACACACACACACACACACACACACACCGUCCAUACUUUACCCCCAGACCCCCUUACGCACUCUUUAACCCCCUCCAUAACAGGCCCCUACACACUCCCCCAGCACAGGAUGGUGCUGCUGGGUGAAUACCUUGCUUCUCCAACCUGUUUGCUUUUCUGGAACUAACAAAAACUGCCAUGUUUUGAAUUUGUCCACUGUACAUUUUGAGUUGAACUAGUUGUUUUUUCUAUUUCUGUAGAUGUAGUCCUUUAACUGACAUUUACAUAAGAAAAACACCAGUAUUGGAGUUCCAAGGUUUUCAUAUGAUAACAGUACUGUGUGUGCCUUCACAUACAUUAAUACAGUAUACACAUACAGUAUGAAGUAAUUAGCAAGGAUCUCAUCAUUUUGUUAAAUUCAUAUGUUAGUUUCACUGACACACUCAGAGUUUGGGACCUCAAAGGUUCAUUUUAAAUCCAACUUAUUUGUUUUAUAUGAACUAAUUUUUGUCUUUGUUUUGCCCUGCUUAAACACACACACACACUGUCACAUACAAAUUGAAACACACAUUACACACACAUAUCAGUACAUGCACACCAGUCUUGCACCAGUAUUCCACCCUCUGCUGUGUACAAUACCAUCGAACACGAAGCAAGAAUUAUGUUAUGACUCUCACACGUACACUGGCUAUGCAUCCAUAGGUUUCAGCACCAGAUUUUCACAGGGUUUUAAGCCUAACUGCACCAUUCCAUCAGUACUUUAUUAUAUCUGAUUCAUCCUGCUAGAUAUGUGCCUCAGACACCAGGUGGGAAGGUGAAGCUGUGUCCAACAUUGUUUUCACUGGCAGCAAAUGGCCCAUGUUUUACACUGCCACAACUUGGUAGGAGCUGAGAACUCAACACAGAGGAUCUUUACUCCAUUUGUGAUCCUGCCUCAAGAUGGCAAAUUUUUACUGUCUCAAAGGGACAGAAAUCAUAACUUCAUUCUGGUAGUCAGAUGUUCUUGUAAAGGAAGACAGUGAUAAGGUGAUAGCUCUGUUGGCCAUCAAAAACAAAGAGGAGAACAUGGACACUAAAUCACCUCUAGUUGUGAUUUGACUGCAAGACUCAACACUUCCACUGUGUUGGGUUUAUACACACAUUAGCAUAGACUGUGUUCAAAUUGUUAGUACAUUCUACAAAUUUCAAGUACAAAGUGAACACAUACUGAACACAUUUUAUUAUCAGUGUGUUGUCACUUAUCCUGCUUUGUGUCUGAUUGUGUAAGGACCAUUGGCUCCGCAAGUUAUUUCAUUCAGGGUAUCUGCAGAUCUUGAAGUCUUAAAAAGGAAUUGAAUUUAGUUUCCCCAAAAAAGGCCCUGCAGAAACCCUGUUCAUAGUUCCGUAAAUGUUGUAUGCAUUCUAACAACUUUCACAUACUACAUUUACAUACUACUAACACUGCAUGUAGUACUCUCCAUAAUAUGAGACAGAAUUAAGAAUUUGGACACAGCUAUACAAUUUGUAUAUUACAGGCUUCAUGCUAACAGUUUAGCAUACACCAUGCUGACUGUCAUCUGUCUCAGUGCUAAAACGUAAUGUUGAGUAUUAGCAAGUCAAGUGCUCAAACUUAUCAUAUUCUAUGUUGAGUGUUAGCAGGCACACUGCUAAACAUACACUAACAUAUAGACCAUAAUUAUGAGCAGCCGAGUGGGAAAAACUCACUAGUAUCCUACAAAUUUUGAGUCAGUAUCUCCCACUUGGCAAAAAGAACACAAAGCGUCAUUUUUGUAUAUUAACACAAUAAGUCAGUAAGUACAGAUAAUUAAAAAUGCACUGUUUGUAUAUGGUUUUACUUGUUAACGAACUGCUACAUGACUUGCAAUGGGGUUAACCAUGCUGGAAUAAUGUUGAACGCUUCUAAAUCGGAAUGACGGGAGGUUUUCCUGUGUUCUUCCCAUUCGGCCAAUCUGGAAUGAAUGCAGCAUUACUAACAGUUGGCGCUGUGCUAACACCUGAAGUGGGCCAAUCCAACUUCUGCUGAACUGCAGCCACUGUGGCCACAAGUGACAAUCAUAGGGUAUUGGUGGAUGCUAAAACACAGUGUAACAGUAACACAAAUAGAGAAGAGUCAUAGAGUCAUCAAAGUGACUCAGUAAUGUCUGGCAUGCAUAUCUAAUGUUUGGUAAUAUUAGUUAACGUUAGCCACCAUAAGCUUAUACCAGACCAAGUAAGACUUUAGCAGAGUGAGCGUAUUAAUUUGAGCAACAGUGUGUUUUUUGCUAUAGUUAUCUAGCGUGCAGCACUGGGGUCAGUAAUCUACAGUACAGGUGAAUUUUGGUGUCCAUGUUCUAAUCAUUUAUCACAUGGGUGGGAACACCAGUUUAGUUGCUCCUUACUGGCUGAACCUGUGCUAACAAAGGAAACCAGCCAGUGACUCUUGCCUUGGCUCCAUAACAGAUGAUUGCUUAUCCUUGGUUUUAACUUGUAAACUGAUCUCUGAACAAUGUUGAACAAAUUUGGGCAUGUCUGUCCACUCUGCCAACGUAUUUGGUGCUGUCCAGUCCCGCUGGCUGUUGACCACAGCCCUCCUGAACCCAUGAACAAACAGAUACAGUAGUAGGGCUCAUAGCAGCACUGCCAAUAAGGCCCGAAUUAUAAUGUUUAAACACAGCGCAUCAUGCUCGUACUUACUGGGAGGGAUGUGAGAAGUGCCAGCUCUCCCACAAUACCCCCCAGCCCCAUCCACCCACCCCACCUGACCCCACACAACAAGUCCACCACCACCACAGAGCCCCAACAGGCCUUUCUGCUCACUAAUGAUUUGUGAAUGUGUCUACCUGUCUGCGUCUUUAUGUCUGUCAUUGUUUACAAAAUGUACCCAUCUCUUCCUUAUGGUCUUUGUCGCUGAACAAGUACUGUUGUUUAUUGUAUUCAUCUGAGAUUUUUGCUGUAUUUAACAGAUUUCUGUUUUUAUCCCAUUCUUUUUAUAUGAUUUAAUUUAUUUAUAUUUAUUUGAGAUUUCCCUAAUGCCUUCUCAAGAUAUUGUAUUAUAGGCUCCUGUAUGUGUAUGAUUGUGUGGAUGUGCGAUCGAGUAUAGUUUUCAAUAUGGUAGGGCACAUACCUUUUGAUGUAUGACUGUGUGAAUCUUGCUGUACCAGUUGUGACACAACUGAAACAAUGAUUGUGAAUGCUCCAUGGAGACACACACGGACCAUCCUGGAAAAACACUGACUUCCACCUUAAAGGUCCAGAUGACACUCAGUCUCACAGUUGAUCUUUGUCUAAGUGAAUCUUUUUCUUUGUGAAGAGACUGUGAUAAGUGUCCUUUGUGCGUGUGUGAUAUGUAGCUCACUCACUCUGACAUACACACACUCCACAUAGACACGUGACAUGUACAUUGACUCUGUACAGACUAUGUAAAAAUAAGUAUAUAGAGAAACGAGAGCACCAUAUGUAACAGUGGAAAUUUGCUGUGGAAGUUAAUGUCAGGGUGGGGGGUUGUUUAAUUUUUCUUUUUAUGUCUUGUCAAAGUGUAAAUUUUCCUCACAUUGAUAGUCUAAAAGUGGUCAUUUAAACCCAUCUGAACAAUCUGUGGACUACACAGAUUUCCACCCCUCCUCCAUUCAAGUACCAGAAAGUGUUUUUAAGCCCCAAUAUCUGUAACUGUAGGUAUGAUUCAUACUCCAAAAAGAAGUGAUUUGUCUGGAGGAAAAGUUAGACUUUUUUUAAAAGUCUGGGCAAACCAGAAAUUUCCUUCAUGUGUCAUUGAGAUUAUGGGAAGUCAGAUAUCAAUCUACAGUAGCUGCACCACCAUCGAUUGCUGAACCAUGAUGCAAGCAUUCUGAGCAGAGGCAGCUUCCUCUCCGUUGAGAUCAACCACCCCUUACUUAUAAUCAAACUAGCUGCUGAAUGCAAGAAAACCAUUAUGGCAGCGUCCUACUGGUAAUCAGAACUGGGCUGUGACUGUUUCAUAGGUGAUAUUUUGUAAGCUCCAACCCAGUAAUAUCUCAAAACAUUUUGUGAAGAGCUGAAACUGAAAGAAAUAUUAAGUGUUGACAUACAUUGUGUUUUUAGACAGCAAACUGGUUAGUGUGGCAGUACUACAUAUGGGAAUUUAACUUACUGAUGCCUAACUACAUUUAUGUAAACUACUACCUGAGUCAUCUACACAAAAAGACCAAUGACAUAAUCAGUGUGAUUUCCUUUUCUUUUUAUUCACAUGAAAACGUUGGCUAACAGUUGCCAGAUUUAGGCAAGUGAAACUUUGACAAUGUUAAGAGGGUUUAGGCAGUUCCAAGACAGGUUAAAGGGCCAGUUCACCCCAAAAUCAAAAUUACAUAUUUUUCCUCUUACCUAAAGUGCUGUUUAUCCAUCUAGAUUGUUUUGGUGUGAGUUGUGAGUUUUGAAGAUAUUGGAGAUGUCUGAAGAAUAUAAUGGAACUAUAUGACACUCGGCUUGUGGCGCUCAAGGAGCCAAAAAAAUACAUUUGAAAAACUCAACAGCAACGUCUCUUUCCAGAAAUCGUGAUCCAGUUACUUGAAAAUCCACAGAGUCAUUUGUUCAUGUAGGAACUAUUUUAUUUCUACCGAUCGUUCCUAUAUGAAACUGCUCACAACAAGUCUGGGAAAUGUACUUGUUUGCUGACUUAAGGCCAAACUUGGUCAAAGUAAGGGUCAUCCAAACUUGUCUAAAGGCAAAAGUGUUAUAAACCUGUUCUGAAUGGCCACACUCAGGAGCGGGACAAAAAGCCUGCCAUUAUAUGGAGGGAUGAGACGAGAUGAAUUGUACAAACAGGGAUAACAGCACACACUUUCUGACAUUUUUGAAAGAAUGAAAAAUGAGCGCUCAAGAGAUAUGUUCAAUUCCUGCCUACAUUUCCACCUCACCUACUUUCUUACCCACAUCUGGCCAAUAGCUGCCUAAAGGAGGCGUGAUUGUCACACGUUGACACAGGCCCUCUAUCUCAGAAAGGUGAACUGUUCGACGAUCAGACAAGCACUUUGUUGAAAGCAUACUGAUGCCUUUAGCCAUGGUCAGUUCCAGUAAAAAUACAGGUUUGGAAUGUGUUUAGCCUCGCUUAGCACUAAGCAAAAAGCACAGGGAAAGUGAUAACUUAGCUUUGUCAAAACUGCUACAUUGCACCUUCUGAUAACUCCAAAGCUGUUUUAUUUACAGGUUGUACCUUAUUUCACACACGUAGAGCAGCAGUUAGCUGGAGCUGUUAAUUGAUCAGUCGGGCGCAGUGACUGCACGCAAGAGCGAGUUCUGUCUUCGUAGUGGGAUUGCCAGGUUUGAAUCCUAUCCCAACUCCAUACAAAACCCAGAUGACCCUUGGAUGAAUUGGUGUCUAGCUUACUGACUCACAAGAUACAAUGUAUGAACUACACUUGAAAGUAUUGUUAGUAUACUGGGGUCCAAUUUUCUUCCCAUCCUCUAACUGAGACACUGAACGUGACAUCUCGUGCUAUCUGCGGCCGUCAACAGGCUAGGUUGCUACGGCAGUUUUAAAUCUUAAAAUGUUUUCAUAUUAUGAUCAUCAGAAUAUGUUUUUGGCAUGAAGGUGACCUCAUCUGUUCUCACAGCCAAUAAUUUCUUAGAGAAAAGACAAAAAAGGGCCCUCAUUUGACAACUGACUUCUUCAUGAGGUAUGAAUAUAGACAAAUAUUUAAAUUUUAUUUCCUGUAAAACCACUUAGUAAAUGAGAAGCCUUGGAGAUAGCCAGGCCAGACUGAAAUAGUGCGGCAGUGUGUAUGUGGUGUGUGUUUGUGAGAGUGUCUUUGUUUUAUGUAAGAGAUGGUUGUAGAUAGACCCAGCAAAUCAACCAGUUAGCAUGCAGACAUCGGGUCUUCACUCUCUUCGACUUGAAUUUACUAAAAUAUGAGAAUAUACAAGGAAAAACAAACUGAAUUUACUGAAAAUAAGUGUUACAGUAUUUAGCUUUAAAAAUCCACUAAGAAAAAGAUUAAGCUCUUUUUAAUCUGUUUUUUCUACUUGGUUCCUACUAAUGAUGAAAUGGUACUCGGUGUCGAUGCUGUUCGUCUAAUGUAAAGAAAAUGACAAUGAAGAGAAGGUGUGAGACAGCUGCUAUGAAACUGCUCUUCACCUCAAUGUCAAUCCUCCAGGUUUUUCAGUUGUAUUUUAAAGUCCACUGUCACUCACACUCUGUCCAAGGGAAGACUCUGGAAGUGUAACGGACGUUGGUUUAAUAAAUUAUUCAAUUGUCAAACUAA